GCGGCGGCCAUGGCCGGGGGGCCGGGCCCGGGAGACCCCGCGGUCCCCGGCGCCCAGCACUUCCUGUACGAGGUGCCGCCCUGGGUCAUGUGCCGCUUCUACAAAGUGAUGGACGCCCUGGAGCCCGCCGACUGGUGCCAGUUCGCCGCCCUGAUCGUACGCGACCAGACCGAGCUGCGGCUAUGCGAGCGCUCCGGGCAGCGCACGGCCAGCGUCCUGUGGCCCUGGAUCAACCGCAACGCCCGCGUGGCCGACCUCGUGCGCAUCCUCACGCACCUGCAGCUGCUCCGCGCACGGGACAUCAUCACGGCAUGGCACCCUCCCGCCCCGCUUCUGCCCCCCAGCGCCACCGCCCCGAGGCCUAACAGCAUCUCUGCACCUUCUGAGGCCGCGGCCCCCAGCCCCCAGAAGUUGCACUCGUCGGCCUCCACCCUCCUCUCCCCAGCUCUUCCAGGCUCCCAGACUCAUUCUGACCCUGAGCUCGGCCCUGUCCCAAGCCCUGCUGCCCUCCAGCCACCACUGCCAUCGGCAGCCCCUUCCUGUAUCAAGCGAAGCCCAGAGAGCCCAGCGUCCAUCCUGCAGGGGGCCCACUCCUCUUUCUGCUGGCCCCUCCAUGAGAUUUGCCAGGGCACCCACGACUUCUCAGAGGAGCUGAAGAUCGGGGAGGGCGGCUUUGGGUGUGUGUACCGGGCUGUGAUGAGGAACACGGUAUAUGCUGUGAAGAGGCUAAAGGAGGUGUGUGUAGCGUCCAGGCAAAGGCUCUGGAAGGCUGUUAGCCGACCCUCACUUUUCUGGUCCUCCCCCCACUACCCCACACGGCUCCUUCAGCCCUCUGAUUUCCCAGUCCAAGGCCCCCGCCCCUUGCUUGUUCUGGGCCCAAAACAGGAGGCAGACCUGGAGUGGACCACGGUGAAGCAGAGCUUUCGGACCGAAGUGGAGCAGCUGUCACGGUUUCGUCACCCGAACAUCGUGGACUUUGCUGGCUACUGUGCUCAGAGUGGCUUCUACUGCCUUGUCUAUGGCUUCCUGCCCAACGGCUCCCUGGAAGACCGCCUCCAUGUCCAGACCCAGACCUGGCCUCCUCUCUCCUGGCCUCAGCGACUGGACAUCCUUCUGGGCACGGCCCGGGCAAUUCAGUUUUUACAUCAAGACAGCCCCAGCCUCAUCCACGGAGAUGUCAAGAGUUCCAACGUCCUUCUGGAUGAGAGACUGAUGCCCAAACUGGGAGACUUUGGCCUGGCCCGUCUCAGCCGGUUUGCAGGCGCCAACCCCAGCCGGAGCAGCACUGUGGCCCAGACUCGGACUGUGCGUGGCACCCUGGCGUACCUGCCCGAGGAGUACAUCAAGACGGGGAGGCUGGCUGUGGAGACUGACACCUUCAGUUUCGGCGUGGUGGUGCUGGAGACCCUGACCGGCCAGCGGGCUGUGAGGAUGCACGGUGCCCAGACCAAGUAUCUGAAAGACCUGGUUGAAGAGGAAGCCGAGGAGGCUGGUUUGGCCCUGAAAAGCACCCAGACCACACUCCAAGCAGGUCUGGCUGCAGAUGCCUGGGCCGCCCCGAUCGCCACCCAGAUCUACAAGAAGCACCUGGACCCCAGGCCUGGGCCGUGCCCACCAGAGCUGGGCCUGGCCCUGGGCCAGCUGGCUUGCUGCUGCCUGCACCGCCGGGCCAAGAGGAGACCCGCCAUGACCCAGGCGUACCAGAAGCUGGAGACGCUGCAGGCGGCAGUGGCAGGGCCGUCUCUGGAGCCAGAGGCCACCAGCCGCAGCCCCCCUUCCCCUCAGGAGAACUCCUACGUGUCCACCACUGGCAGUACCCUGAGCGGUGCCCGCCCAUGGCAGCCCCUGGCGGCGCCCUCGGGAGCCCUGGCCCAGGCUCCAGAGCGGCUGCAGAAAGGCGCCAACCAGCCCGUGGAGAGCGACGAGAGCAUGUCCGGCCUAUCUGCUGCCCUGCAUUCCUGGCACCUGACCCCGAGCUGCCCCCCGGGCCCAGCCCGGCCAGGCAGCCCUGGCCCAGGGGCCGCCGUGUGGGCGCCAGCACCCCUCGGACAGGCUGGCUGUACUCAAGGGGAUGCCACCAGACAGUCGAGCUGGGGGAGCAGCCCGGGGCUCCAGCCCACAGCUGUGGAAGUGGGCCCUCUCUCCACCCCAGGACCGCUCCUGGGCGGCUCCACGUCGCCACUACCCCCCCAGAUUGUCAUCAACCCGGCGCGACAGAAGAUGCUGCAGAAGCUGGCCUUGUACGAGGAUGGGGUCCUAGACAGCCUGCAGCUGCUGUCAUCUAGCUCCCUCCCAGACUUGGGCCUGGAGCACGGGAACAGGCAGGGGCCCGAAGAGAGUGAUGAGUUUCAGAGCUGAACUGCCGCCUGGUCAGAUCCCUAAACCCAGAAGUCAAAGUUCUCACGGUUGGAAGUUCUCACAGCUCGCGAACCCUCGGCAGCCUUGGGGGCUCCGUCCUCACGGAGGUGGGCAGGUGGUGGCCCUGCUGCUCUUGGGGCGUGGGCACAGGCAGGGCUCAGGGCCCCCCAGGCCGGCUGCGGCUGGCUGUCAGUAGGGCAGGACAUCUCAACGGCCUGCCUUGAGGCCAGCAUUCGCGGGAGAGGAAAGCCGAUGUCGUUGGAGGGGCCGGUGGCGGGGAGGAGGGCAGGUCUGAAGGCUGCUGGCCACACAGGCCAAGGAGGAGAGGUGAGUGGUCCAGUGGGACUAGCGGGGCGCCAGCUCCCCUGAGAGCUGGGCGGGGCUUCUGCAGCCCAGGCCUACAGCAGCAGCCCUUAGCCCUUCUUUUCCGACCUUGCUGAAGCCCUGGGGAAAAGCAGCCACUCUGAUGACGGGAACCGAUGAGGCCAGGGGCCCUCCCAGCUGCUUGUAAUUGGGAAGGGGAAAGUGAGCUGUGGCUGUCCCGUGGUUCAGUCCACUAGAAGCGGGAGUUCUGAGAGGCCCCAGCGAGUGCAGCAGCGCCUCCCAGCAGGCCAGCGUCCGCAGGCUUCCCCAGGGAGCCGGGAGCCAGCCUAACAGGCCACCGAGCCAGGUCGGGCUCCAGAGGCCACAGGCUCAGCCUCAGGCCCGGGCACUGCUCGUGACAGAGGGGCCACUACCCCAGGUUUGGCUAGGCCCAAACCUUGUGUUACCCAGACAGUGAGAAGCCCCAAGACAGCAGGAAGUUGGCAGCAAGACAGAGAGGAAGGAAAAUGAAAAUGGGACUCAUGUUUGUGGAAGCAAGUCGGCGUUGGUGUAACUGAGCGUCUUUGAGAGUAGCCCAGGGCUGUAGCACAGGCUUCGGAUGAUUUUGUGUCUGCGAUCACGAGUCACACUACAUGCCCCGCGAAGCUAGGCACUGGUGAAGUCCAAGUCGUCCUGGAGUAAUAAAUACGUACACUUUGAUCGCUGGCUGUACUUGUAGGCUUUGUGGCACUGAAAGCCUUGAGCUUUUCCAGUGCUUCUCAUCUCGGUGUUCUUGACUGUCCAAACCCAGACCCUAGCCUCCCACCCGCAGGUCCUCUGGAGGUUCUUGUUUCCAUUCCCAUCAAGCCACCAUGCUGGCGGCAGAUCCACAACACUACUACCCAGCAGUACUUUCACAGGUUGUUAAGUUUUCCCUGGUUUAUGGAUUUUGACGCUAUUGUAAAUGGCAUUUUUAUUUCGUUUUCUAGUUGGUCAUUGGCAGUGUAUAGAAACACAACUGAGUUUUGUAUAUUGGCUUUGCAUUCUGUGGCCUUGGCUCUCACUCACACCUUAGCUCUAGUUUUUUGGUGGAUACCUUGGGACAGUUUAUGCACACAAUCAUUUCAUCUGCAAAUAAAGACAGUCUCACCCCUUC